AUGCCGAUAUUCAUGUCAUCGGAAGAGUUCGAGCAAUGCUCGCACGACGUUUCUCUGGUGGCGGAGAGGGCUGACGCCGUCGUCAGAGAAUUAAUGAACCAACUGGAGACGGUGAAAGCACAGGGCGAAGCCGCCUCCAUCACCGCCGAGCAAACUUGCUCGCUCCUCGAACAGAAGUACGUCUCCCUCUCCGCCGACCUCAACGCUCUCCAGUCACAACAUUCGGAACUCAAUUCCACCCUCGAACUACGCGUCUCCGACAUUGCUCAGCUCCAAGCUCAAAAUCGCCAAAUUAAUAUCUCAUCCAAAGAUGGGGAGAUUGAACGGUUGAAGACUGAGACGGUGGAGCUGCACAAAUCUAAGAGGCAGUUGAUGGAAUUAGUGGAGCAGAGAGAAUUAGAGAUCAGGGAGAAAAAUUCUACUAUCAAGAGCUAUCUUGAUAAGAUCGUAAAUUUGACUGAGAAUGCUGCAUCCAAGGAAGCACGGAUUAGUGAGUUGGAGGCUGAGCUUGGUCAAUCUCAGGCUUCCCGUGCCCGUAUUUCACAGGAGAAAGAGCUUGUGGAGAGGCAUAACUCUUGGCUUAAUGAGGAGUUAAAAACUAAACUUGAUGAUCUUAUUCAGCUGCGAAGAAUACAUGGCGAACUUGAGGCAGAGAUGUCUGCUAAGCUUUCAGAUGGUGAGAAAAGAUUGAAUGAGACCUCUAGUGCUUUGAAGUGGAACAAAGAUAGAGUAGCAGAGCUGGAAUCAAAGUUGGCAUCCUUGGAGAAGGAGUUGAUGUCAGCCAAAGAUGCAGCUACCACCUUGGAAAAACAGUUCUCUUCUGAAGUCUCAACGUUGACAAAGCUUGUAGAGUUGUACAAAGAGAAUUCGGAAGAAUGGUCCAAAAAGGCAGGAGAUCUUGAGGGAGUCAUCAAGGCUUUGGAGACUCAUUUAGGUCAAGUCGAAAACGAAUAUAAAGAGAAGCUUGAGAAAGAAGUUUCAGCAAGGAAGGAAGUUGAAAAGGAUGCGCAUGCUUUGAAGGAGAAGAUGGAUUUGUGCUUAGCUGAGUUGGAGACUUUAAGGAAAACUGACGAACUAAAAUUGAUUCCUCUGGGAAGUUUUACCUCAGAGCUGUCUGUGGACUCCAUUGAAACUAAUGACAUCGUCGAGGAAAGUCGGAUGAUUGUGCGGAAUGUUCCUGCUGGUGUUUCUGCAACUGCAUUAGCAGCUUCGCUUCUUCGUGAUGGUUGGAGUUUGGCUAAACUGUACACAAAGUAUCAAGAAGCUGUUGAUGCAUUCCGACAUGAGCAGUUGGGAAGAAAGCAAUCUCAAGCUGUUUUGGAGAGGGUACUUCAAGAAAUAGAGCAGAAAGCAGGAGUCAUCUUGGACGAGCGAGCUGAACAUGAGAGAACAAUUGAGGCCUAUUCUGUACUGGACCAGAAACUGCAGCAUGCUCUUUCUGAGCAAACUAAUUUGCAGAGACUCAUCCAAGAACUAAAGGCUGAUUUGAGGAGAAAGGAGCGUGAAAAUGCUUCAGCUCAAAAAGAAAUUGUCGAUCUCCAAAAUCAGGUCUCAGUUCUUCUGAAGGAAUGCCAAGAUAUACAACUUCGUUGUGGAUCUAUUCGGCAUGAUUUUGGAGAUGCUUUGAUGGCUGUUUCUGCUGUAUCAUCUCAAGAUGAAUGCGAUGCUGGUGGUGUCAGUCCUGGUCUAACGCUUGCGUUCAAAGAUAUUAGUGGGUUAGUGGAACAGAAUGCACAGCUCAGGCACCUUGUUCAUACCCUCUCUGAGGACAUCGUGUCUCGAGAAACAGAGUUGAAGGAGCAAUAUGAAAGAGAACUUCAGAAGCUUACCGAGGAAGCUACAAAAAAAGUCAGUGCUGUCUUAGCUCGAGCAGAAGAGCAGCAAUGCAUGAUUGAAUCACUUCACACCUCUGUGGCAAUGUACAAGAAGUUAUAUGAAGAGGCGCAUAAACUUAGGUCCUCGGGGUCUCUACCGGAAGAAUCAGUGACAGAUGAGGGAAGGCAGAAUAUCACCAAUUUGGUUGAUGGUUACCUUGAAUCUUCACGUAAUACUCACGAUAAGCUUCAGGAACGUGUUAGAUAUCUUGAAGAAGAAUUGGACAAGUCAAGGAAUGAGUUAAUAUCAUUAAGAUCGGAUCGUGACAAGUUAGCUCUGGAAGCACAAUUAACUCAAGAGAAACUUGAAAGAUUUAUGAAAGAUUUUGAGCAUCAGAGAGAUCAGCAAAACACUUUGAUAGCAAGAAAUGUUGAGUUCACACAGUUGAUAAUUGACUACCAACGGAAGGUGCGAGAAAGUUCUGACUCGGUUAAAUCUGCUGAGGAGCUUUCACGGACAUUGACUAUGGAGAUAUCUCUUCUCAAGCAAGAAAAGGAGAUCCUAAUUAAUUCUGAGAAGAGAGCGAGUGAUGAAGUUCGCAGUUUGUCGGAGAGGGUUCAUCGUUUGCAGGUUAGUUUGGACACUAUUCAGAGUACUGAAGAAGUUCGAGAGGAGGCUAGAUGUGCAGAAAGAAGACAGCAGGAGUUACACAUUAAGCAAAUCGAGAGAGAAUGGGCUGAGGCAAAGAAGGAGCUUCACGAAGAGCGGGACAAAGUUCGACAACUUACACUUGAGCGAGAGAAUGGCAUGACCAAUUCCUUGAUACAAGCAGAAGAAAGUAAAAAAGAAUUGAGUAAAGCUUUGCGAGAUUUAGCUGCGGCCGAGGCUAGGGCAUCUGUUGCUGAGGCCCGGUGCUCAGAUUUGGAAGAAAAAAUGAAUUCGAUCCAUGUUGAGGCUUCCGAGAAAGGUGGGCCUACAUAUACUGGCACGAAUGAGGGUGUGUCAAACUCACACAACGCAAAAGAAGAGAUUGCCAGGUUGCAGGAGGAAGCACGAAUUAAUCAUGACCACAUGCUUCAGUAUAAAAGCAUCGCUCUUGCAAAUGAAGAAGCACUCAAACAAUUGGAAGCUGCAUAUGAGAAGUCAAAAGAAGAGGCUGACGGUAUGAAAAAGUCCCUCGAGGAUGAGCUGCUUUCUCUGAAAGAUGCAGUUAAUGAACUUCAAGGAAAAGUUGACCUGCAAAGCAAAGAAAUAGAAGCAGCAAUUUCAGGGAAAGAAGAAGCUGUUGCUACUGCUCGUUUGGAAGUCAGAAGUCUAAAAGAGAGUUGCGCAGCCAAAGAGGCUGAGAUUGCUGUUCUUCAGACACAAAUUUCAUCUUUAAAAGAUGAUCUGGAGAAGGAGCGCAAGAAGUCAAGUGCUGCCCAAGCUAAUUAUGAGAGACAGGUUAUCCUACAGUCCGAUACAAUUCAAGAGUUGAAUAAAACAUCUCAAGCUCUUGCUGACCUACAAGAAGAAGUAUCUCAGUUGCGUAGAUCGAAUGAUGCAUUCAAAGCUGAAAAUGAUGAACUCAAAGCUAAGUGGGAAAGAGAUAAGACGAUGCUUGAAGUUUUGAAAAGUGACGCGGAUAAGAAGUACGAUGAAGUUAAUGAACUGAACAAGGUAUUGCACAGUAGACUUGAGGCGAUGCACAUCAAAUUCGCUGAGAAUGACCGUCAAUCUUCUGGUGGUCAAUCUUCUCACAGCUUUUUGGAUGAAAAUGAUGGUUUGCAGAGUGUUGUGAAGUAUCUCCGGCGCUCAAAAGAAAUUGCAGAAACAGAAAUUUCUUUACUGAAAUCCGAGAGACUUCGUUUGCAAACGCAGCUUGAAACUGCUUUGAUGGCUGCAGAGACUGCCCAAGCAUCACUUGAUACGGCAAGAAAAAGCUCAAAGUCGUUUUUCAGCGAGGAGGAGUUCAAAUCUUUACAACUUCAGGUUCGAGAAAUAAGUUUGCUUCGUGAAAGUAAUAUACAACUGAGAGAGGAGAGCAAACAGAACUUUGAGGAAUGCCAGAAACUUCGUGAGACCUAUGAGAAUGCAAGAAUUGAAAUUGAGAGUUUGGGGAGAAGCCUCGAGGGCAAGCAAAAUGAGGUGGAAGCUUUAAGGAAAGAAGUUGAAAACCUGUCAUUGGAGAAAAGUCGGUUGAAAAAGGAAGUUGAUGAGUUACUCGAAAAGUUCAAGAAUGUUGUAGAUGUUGAAGAGUAUAAUCAUAUGAAAGAAGCUGUUCAACAGAUGCAGAUCAAUCUUCGAGAAAAAGAUAAUCAAUUAGAAUACGUUAGAAGACUGCUUUCCGAGAAGCAAGAUGAAAUAUCACAUUUGAAGAAAGAGGUAUCCCAUUGCAAACAAGAAAUCAGUGAAAAAGAGGCCAGGAUAAAUAAUAUAUCACAGAUUGAGGUUUCCUUACGAUCAGAUCUCGACAAGUACAAAAAGACAUUUAAUACACUAAAGAAGAAGUUUGAUAUUUUAACUAGAGAAAAGGAUGACUUGAGCAGAGAAAAGGAAGUUCUUUCUAAACAGCUGGAGGAUGCCAAGCAAGUUAAAAGGACUGCCGGGGAUGUUGCUGAUGAACACGUCACAAAGGAAAGGGAGAAUGAGAAAGAUGUCAGGAUUCAGGGUUUGGAAAAAGCUCUAGAGAAAACGAAAGAGGAUUUAAAAAAGGAGAGGGGGGAACUUAAAAUUGAGAAAGCAAGGCGUGGAAAAACGCAAAAGACAGUUUCCGAAUCUCUUGAUGCUGUUGUGCAGCAACGCACAAAACUGUCUGAUGAGUUGGAGAAGCAUAAGCAUGGUCUGAAACUGUUAAUGGAUGAGGUUGAAAAGUUGAAGCAGGGAGAGGGAAAUCAGCGAGCGGGCUCAACAGAGAUUCAAUUCUUUUCUGGCACGCUACUGGAGGACCUUGUUACUAAAUAUCAUCUGGCGGUUGAAAAUUUUAAACAGGCCGCUCAACCUGUUUUAGCUGAGCCUGUUCGUCAUGGUGCUGAUUCUUCUUCAACUUUGGAUACUGUCUCUGCUGGGUCUACCAUAGGUAUUAUCCAUUUUCGGGUUACUUUUUCAAUCUAUCUUUUCUUUUUCUGUUACUGGAAAUUACAAUAAAUUACGACGUUCUUUGUUUGGGAAGGUCAAGUGGUUUCGGCAAUGGCUCCUGCCAGUACCUCAUCAUCAUCUGCAUUAUCUGGUGCAAACAUUCCUCCUGCAAAAGCAGGCAUAACUCAGCAGAGGGCAAGUUUGGAUUCAAAGAAGGUUGCGAGGAGACUUGUCCGGCCUCGUAUCUCAAAGCCAGUCGAGUCUCAGGGUGAUAUAGAAAUGCCAGAGGCUGAAGGAUCUGAUAAUAAAACUGACAAACCUUCAUCCAUCAUUACUGAAACUCGUGGAGAUCUUAGUACUUUACCAGAGCAGCCACCGCUACCACUGGUUGAUAGAAGUCGCAAGCGGUCAUCUUUGGUGAAUUCAGAAUCAACCGAAGAGUUGCCUGUUUCUGGGGAAACAAUAGAACCAUCACUGAAAAAGUCCAGAAAUUCAGAAACACCAUCACUAGAUGACAGUGGUGAAGGGCUAGCACCUCCACCACCUGAAAGUACUGAUGGACACGAAGCUGCUGCGAGCUUAGAAGAUUCGUUUGAAAAUUUGCCAUCUGGCACUGAAGAAUAUCUAGAAAAUGCCACAGAUCAUCCUGCUGAUGCUGACAAGGAUGAGAAUGUUAGUGCUGGGAAGCUGGAAGCUGAUGAGUUGGCAUCAGCUGUUGUGAAGACACCUGAAGAAAGCCAGACUAAUAAAGGUGAUGAUGUUGUGGAUGAGGGUUUGAAUAUGCAAAACCCGGACGAUGAAUUUGCCAAAAAUGUUGCUGAACAUGACUUGAUGGAGCAGCCUGAAUCUGGAAGUGAAGAACGGGAAGAGGGAGAGCUGGUCACUGACAUUGCUGCCGAAGUGGAGGGCGUAGCAAAUGUAACAACAUCAGGGAGUCCCGAAAUUAAUGAACUGCUGCAGUCUGAUCCUAGUGGCAUUGAUGAUGAUUCAUUCACUACUCCGGCAGGAAUAGUGACAGAGGUCGGAGAAGCAGAAACUUCUCCCCUACCUAUGGAUGACGACAAGAAUGAUUUUGAGGGAAGAGCUGUUACGAUCGACAACACCUCCAUUGAGGAGAGUUCCAAUAGGUUGACUGAGAAUGUCGAACUGUCUCCAGCUCCUGAAACUGCCGAUGAGGUGCCUGAAGCAGCAGCUCCUGAGAAACUACCACAAGCUCCAGCCAGCACGGCAAAUGACAUGCAAGGACCAGAGGUAUCACCUAUUAAUGCGAGCAGCGGCUCGAGGACAAUUAAUUUGAUCCAGAGGGCAAAGGAAAGGGGUAAUCUGAGACGGAGUAAUAUUACGCCUUCUCCUUCCAUGCCAUCCAGUGUUAGAGGUCGUACAAGGGGGGCGCGGGGGAGCCGUGGUCGUAGUUCCCGUGGACCAGCACAAUCUGGUUAAGAGGGUUAGGGAAAACUUUAUAUGCUUUAUUGUCCUUUGUUCUUGUAGAGUUCAUUAGUAUUACAUGUCAGUUCUUGAAAGGUUUAAUGUUUGGUUAAGAGUCUGUUAUUGAAAUUUUGGCAAAGGAGACGAUGUUCACAGUCAAUUUCGUACAUAUUUUGUUUUUCUUUCGGUAUCAAUAAUAUAAGUGAAGUAAAUAAAAUGAACGGUGACGAGUGAAGUGAAAAAGUGAAAACCCAUAGAUUUUCUAACAG